ACGAGAGUCCUGAUUCAAAAACACAAAAAAGAACCUGAAAUGUACUCGAAGAUAUUUCUGUUUAUCAACUCUUAAAAGAAUUCCUUGAGGAUUAAUUAAUUAAUUAAUAUGGACGGUGUUAAUUGCUUAAGCACUUCUGGCACAGCUGUUUUUAACGAUAUAGAUACAGUUGCGUGGACUUACAGUGAUGAGGAAACAUUUGAUAAACGAAGAUCGUUAGACGCAAAUAUACAUUGCGAAAUAUGCGGAAAAUCUUUUGUUUCUAACAGCAAUUUAACGAAACACAAGAGGAUACAUGCCGGGGAAAAACCGUUUCGCUGCAAAAUUUGCGGCAAGUCAUUUACACAAAAUUCUCAUCUUGUGGGUCACAUUCGGAGUCACACAGGAGAAAAACCGUACCACUGUGAAGUUUGUGGGAAAUCGUUUGUCGAUAAUAGUUAUCUAACAGUUCAUAAACGAAUUCACAGUGGCGAAAAGCCUUAUCAUUGUGAAAUAUGUGGGAAAGGUUUUAUUUGUAAUUCUAAACUUGUAAUUCAUAUACGUGUGCACACCGGAGAAAAACCGUAUCAGUGUGAUAUCUGUGGGAAAGCUUUCACUGUUAAUUCAAGCCUCGUUGUUCAUAAAAGAAUACAUAAUGGGAAAACGAACCCGAGCCUUGUUGAACAGAUAUGUAUUCAAAUUGGAGACAAACCAUGUGAAAUAUGCCAGAAAUCGUUUUCUGUUAAUUCUAGUCUCGUAGUUCAUGAUCGAAGAAUACACGCUGGCGAAAAACGGUUUUACUGUGAUGUUUGUGGUAAAUACUUUUUAAGUAGCUACGUGUUAAAAAGACACAAAAGAAGCCAUACCGGAGAAAAGCCGUAUCAUUGUGACAUAUGUGGUAAAUGUUUCUUCUCUAAUAGUAAUUUGACCAGGCAUAAAAUAUUACACACCGGAGAAAAACCUUAUCGUUGUGACAUUUGUGCAAAGUGUUUUGUGUCUAACAGCGUGUUGACGAGACAUAGAAGGAUGCACACGGAGGAGAAAAAGUUUCAUUGCGAAAUAUGUGCGAAAUCGUUCUUUGAUAAGUCCAACCUUGUUGUUCAUGUACGUAGUCACACUGGAGAGAAACUGUUUCAUUGUGACGUUUGCGGGAAGUCUUUCUGUGUCAAGUCUCAUCUUGUUGUUCACAAACGUAGCCACACUGGCGAGAAACCAUACCACUGUGAAAUGUGCGGCAAAUCGUUUAUAUCCAGCAGUGUUUUGAAAAGACACAAACUAACACACACUUAACCCUUUGCCCUUAAACAUCCACGCUUGUUUCCAAAAUUUUAGCUGGCCCUCGUUUUCUAUGCUCUGAGUAACAUAAAGCUUUUUUUUUUUUUUCAUAAGUCCCUAGUUACUUAGAUGGUUGGAAAAGAAAUACGGAAUAUGUAUUAUAUAUAAUGCAUGUGUAUCACACAUAUACAGGAGAUAUAUAUACAAUAGUGAAGGCGCAUGGCUCAGUGGUUAGAGCGUCGAGCUUACGAUCGUGAGGUUGUGAGUUCGAAUCCCGGUCCGGGCUUCGUGUUGUGUUCUUGAGCAAGACAUUUUAUUUCACGUUGCUCCAGUUAACUCAGCUGUAGAAAUGAGUUGCGACAUCACAGGUGCCAAGCUGUAUAUAUAUAUAGGCUUUAUGUUAUAUAUAUAUAUAUAAAUAUAUCCGAUGGGCUUCUUUCAGUUUCCAUCUACCAAAUCCACUCACAAGGCUUUGGUCCGCCCGAGGCUAUAGUAGAAGACACUUGCCCAAGGUGCCACGCGGUGGGACUGAAUCCGGAACCAUGUGGUUCAUAAGCAG